AUGAGGGAUAAUGUUAUCCCAGUGAAUGCUAGUGUAAUCCAUGUGAGGGAUAAUGUUAUCCCAGUGAAUGCUAGUGUAAUCCUUGUUAGGGAUAAUGUUAUCCCAGUGAAUGCUAGUGUAAUCCAUGUUAGGGAUAAUGUUAUCCCAGUGAAUGCUUGUGUAAUCCAUGUUAGGGAUAAUGUUAUCCCAGUAAAUGCUAGUGUAUUCCAUGUUAGGGAUAAUGUUAUCCCAGUAAAUGCUAGUGUAAUCCAUGUUAGGGAUAAUGUUAUCCCAGUGAAUGCUAGUGUAUUCCAUGUUAGGGAUAAUGUUAUCCCAGUAAAUGCUAGUGUAAUCCAUGUUAGGAGUGUUAUAUCAGUGAAGGAUACAGGUAUCUCAGUGAGACUGGUGUAA